AUGUUCCAAAAGCUACAGCUUUCAGUCUGUAAUACUGUGAGAUUCAAUACACAAGAAUGUGCAGGACAGCCAGAGGAGCCAAUGGCUUUGGCUGGAGCAAUUGUCCAUGAUGGAAUGACACCGGGAAGGACUACUUGUUACUUUGGACCGAAUGAUCCGGUACAUUUAGGCAACUGUCCGAAAUUGACACUACAUGAGUACUCAUCUGUACGUGAAGAACUCAUCGACAAUACGGAUCCCAAUUUACGGGUUGCGAUGGUCGUUCCUGCUGAUCCAAAAUUACUGGUAGAGGCGAACUGUUCUAACUACGAAAAAAUUCGGCGAACGGCACUGCAAACGUCAUCACCUGGAUUGAAAUUACAAAUGCUGUUUGAUCCAUUCAGCUCUUCAGUUUCCGAACUAUCGUACGAAUUCACGUUGACCAGUUUUGUUAUCGGACCAUCGUUUAACUGUCCGACGGGAACUUUUCGAUGCUGGAGCGAUCGCAGUCGCUGUAUACCGGAAUCUCUGACCUGCGACGGAGUGGACAACUGCUUUGAUAAUUCGGAUGAGAACAACUAUCUGUGUACUGGUAGAAUUAAUGGGAUUCCAAUACCGCUGUUCGCAAUAAUCAUCGCAGUGUCAUUUAUUGCAUUCGUGCUCGUUGUGACAACCAUUGUGUUUGUACUUCGAAAACAAAAGACGAAAAUUAAGAAGGAAGAACACACCUGGGUCGACAUGACUAUCCGCCAUCCUCACAGCGUAAAAGAACGUGAGCCGUUGCGACCUGUGAUUUCCUGA